UUUUCUGAGCCUCUUGCUCUUGACUUAUUUACCGCCACCAGCAUGGUCCAGCCAGAAAAUGCAUUCACGGAGGAUUUCAUGUCUUCGCACUGGCAGGAUGCUGGGGCAGCAUCUGAAGAGUGUUUGCCUACCAUGCACGAUGCUCUUGACGGUCUCCGCGAUAUGGAGGACUCAGUCUUUCAUUCCACCAAUUAUCUAAUAACCCAAGUUGCGAUCUGUACUCCCUUUCAGGAGAAAGCAACACUGACAAUAUUCGAGCCUCUCCGUGAUGCCGUUGUCGAUUUCCUCAUUCCGGUUAUCGAAGCUUGGUUAGAUAUACUGCCCGUCAUCAGUUACUUUGCGAGCCUUCUAGAAGAACCAGCCCCACCGGCGUCCUGGAUUGUCCAAAAUUACCACUCCAUGCGACUAAACGCGCAAUCUGCUAGAGGUCAUCUCGCCCUCCUCGAAGCAACCAUUGUUAGCGUCCAGGCUGCUCUGGUUGAUCAUCUUAGAGGAUCAUGUGGACUUGAACCGCUGCUUCGCACAUUGAAAUGGCUUGGGACAUCGUCGACACGAGUGGAUAUAUUGGACAACUUACCUCAGCUAUUUCUCGAAUUUCGCACCUACUGUUGGCGCACUACGCGAUGUCUCGACAUCAUCGAGCACUUUAUUGUGGGUCUGCAUGAUUUUUUCAGUGACGAGGGCUCCGUGAGAGCAUUGACUGGGCGCGAGGAAAUAUGCCGGAAACUGUACGAUCUGUGCCGAUUUGCAACCGAAAGUAUGCUGUAUGCUCCUUCCCACCCGUCUUCGCUCGGAUUGAAGGGCUCAAAGGUGUUAGUCAGAUUGGAGUACAAGGCUCGGCGUCAUCUUCGCGAGGACUCUGCAUUUUCCCAGAUUAUCCAUUAA